AUGGUUGAACUCAGUAGAAGAGCUAUCUUUGAAGAAACGAACCAAUAUGACACCAGUAUAGUUCUUGUGUUCACCAUUGCAUCAGCCAUCAUCUGGAUCAUGGUUCCAGGUUUGGCCUUUCUUUAUUCGGGUCUUGCUCGUCGUAAGAGUGCCCUUUCCAUGAUAUGGAUCGUCUUUAUGAGUUCCUUUAUUGGAUGUUUCCAAUGGUAUUUCUGGGGUUAUUCAUUGGCCUUUUCCAAUAAAUCUUCUAAUAAUUUUAUUGGUGAUAUGCAUUUUUUCGGGUUUAAACAUCUAUUGGGUAAGUUGACUCCAGAUGGUACCUACCCACAAAUUGCCUUUGCCAUUUUCCAAUUACAAUUUCUUCUUGUUACUUUAGCAAUUUUAGCUGGUGGUUGUGUUGCUGAAAGAGGUAGAUUCUUACCAUGUAUGGUGUUUUUAUUCUGUUGGGCAACUUUGGUCUAUUGUCCAGUUGUGUUUUGGAUUUGGGGUGGUGGUUGGGCCGCUCAAUAUGGAGUAUUGGAUUAUGCUGGUGGAGGUCCAGUGGAAAUUUUAUCUGGUGCAUCUGCCUUUGUUUAUAGUGCCUUCCUUGGAAGAAGAAAUGAAACCCUUAUGAUUAAUUACCGUCCUCAUAACAUUUCAACCAUCUUUUUAGGGACUUCAUUACUUUAUAUGGGAUGGUUAUUUUUCAAUGGAUUUUCUUGUGGUAAUGCUUCAUUGAAAGUUGCCUAUUCUAUGCUUAAUACUCACCUUUGUGGGGCCUUUGGUGCCAUUUCUUGGUGUUUACUUGAUUUCCGAUUAGAAAAGAAAUGGUCAAUGGUUGCCUUAUGUUCUGGAUGUAUCUCAGGAUUGGUUGCAGCCACUCCUUCAUCUGGUAUGAUCCCCUUAUGGGCAUCUGUCAUUUUGGGAAUCACCGCUGGGAUCAUUUGUAAUUUGUCCACUCAAAUCAAAUAUUUAUGUCGUGUUGAUGACUCUCUUGAUGUUUGGGCUGAGCACGGAAUGGCUGGUGUUAUUGGAUUGCUUUUCAAUGCAUUGUUUGGUAGUUCUACCGUCAUUGGAUAUGAUGGCUUUACAGACCAUUCUGGUGGUUGGUUAGAUCACAAUUGGAAACAACUUUACAUUCAAAUUGCAUACAUUUUAGCUACUUUGGCCUACUCUGGUGGUGUGACUGCUAUCUUAUGCUUUGUCAUUAACAAAAUUCCUGGUUUACAUUUAAGAAUGGAUUAUAAUGGUGAAGAAAUGGGUACAGAUGAAGAUCAAAUCGGUGAAUUUGCUUACGAUUAUGUUGAAGUAAGAAGAGACUUUUUAGAUUGGGGAAACCCAACUCCUCAUAUUGAAGGUGCUACCAUUGCACAUGAAAAGGAUAUGAAUCAUCCUGAACCUGAAAUAGUUGAUGCUGAACCAGCUUCUAGCUCUGCAGCUUCAGAACAUAGGGAAAAUCUUAACGAGAAACGUGAUUAG